UUUCACACUUCCACUGCUCUCUCUUCCUCUCUCAGUUUGUCAGCAGCUUUUCUGCCUCGCUCGCCCCUCUCCGUGUGUUUUGCUUGCCCAUGCCGCUUCCUGAGGAGAGAGAGGGCUUUAUUUAACGCGAUGGACCUGCAACCCACCGACCACAGCUGCUGCAGCUGCUGUUUACCCCGCGGCAUCAUGGGAGCUGAAGUCUCCUGGGCGGCGCAGGAGGACAGCUGAUCAGCCAAGGAUUGUGGGUCAGCAGAGUUCGGAGUUGUGAGCUGGUGGGCAGACGAGGCUCAACAAACUCACUCUCUUGUUCUGACUCUUCUUUCCUCUCUGCUGCAGUUUCUCUCAUUCUUCCUCUAUCCCUCCUUUCCUUCAUUCUCUUCCUCUCAGCUUUUCACCAUUCAUCUUCCCAUUUCUCUCCUCCGUCUCCUUCCUGACGCGUACCUGUCUGAGGAGGAGGAAGGAUGGGUUGUCGUCUUACUCGGAACAAGGCUAAAACUCGUGAACCUUCACGCCACCGACACCGGGAGGAGCUGCACUUCGUGGACGAGUAUGGCCAGCCAAUCACUGUGCAGGUGGAGGGUAAAAGGGGGCAUGGUCACAGGAGGCGGCGGUCCCGUUGUGCCAUCGAGUGCAGCGCCUCCACAGAAAGACAUUGGGAGGCUUUGAGAGCCAUGGGGCUGAUGGAGGGCGAGGAAGGCCAGGGAGAAGGUUAUGGUGCAGGGCCUUACUAUGGGCACAUGAGCGUGUCACCUGACAUGUACCGUGCCAAUGGUCACAUGAUGAUGUCACCUGAUGUCUAUCCGCCCAACGGUUACAUUCCCACAUCACCAAAUGACCAGCACCCAGGUAACAACUACCUGCCCAGUGUCUCGUACAGCUUGGACCACCUGGACCGACUGGAGUACCAGGGUCCAGAGAUGAUGCCCUAUCAGCCAAACUCAGAGAGCUGUCUGAUUGGCUGCUAUAGUGCAGAAGAGGUGGAGCCUAAAACUUUCCCCAGACAGCCCGACUAUCAUCCUCCCUGGAGGUCCGACCGUCCUCUCAGCUACCUUCCCCUCAGUGAGCUUGACAGUGGGUUAGGCUGUGGUCCGGACAGCCCACACCACCGAGUGGCGCUGUCUGAAGCUGAGACAGAUGCCAUGUCAUCACUGCCGGGCCACACCCCUUCCUCACAAGGCUCCUCCUCUUCGUCCGAGUCCCUAAUCUCCUCUGAGCCCAGCGACUCUGGCUUCCAUAGCGUUAGCACCGGAGAGCACAGACGGCUUCACAAGAUUCAUGGAAGCCACACUCAUCGCCAAACUCACCACCUUCGCUCAAGCCACUCCCCUCGAGAGCAGAGAGGACGCUGGGAUUUGGAGUCCAUCCCUGAGUCCACUCCAGUGACCCACACCGGAGCACCACAGGCAUCCCGCUGCUCUGUGGGGAACAGCACGACCACAACGGUCCACUUCCACCGAGCUGAGAGGAGCCCUACUUUACCUCGGCACAAUUCACCACCAUCACCCUCCAUUGGUUGUCGUACUGAGCCCUGUCAGCGCAGGGCGAUGUGGUUGGAGCAGCAGCAGGGAGGACGCGGGACGGUAGAGGCUCCGGGGAGGAGUCAAACAAUCACAGAUCUGAGUGAAGGACAGCGACGCCGCAGGGCGAGUCACCCCAACAUGACAGACCCCAAUACUAUGAGGAACACACACCAGAACAGUUAUCCAGGGACAGCCAGUAGCCCGAUGGGUCCGAGGAGCAGGGCCAGUUAUCCCAGUAACUGUCAGCCUACUACUACUCACCUCAGCAUAGACCGAACCAGUCUAAACAAUCAUCAGAACAUGCUGAGAAAUAGCCAAAGUCCAAACCGGAGCAGAGAGGAUGACUCCCUCUCCAAGAGGCCUGGAUCUGGUUCCAGUGGAGUUUCAGACUGGCGAGGCUUUCAGACAUUAGGGAGUCGCACUGAGAAACCUAAAGAUUCUUACGCACCUGUCUACAGCACACUCGGAGCCCCUCAACGCAGCCCUCGAUCUCCAACUUCUCCUCGCUCUAGGCUGUCCAAUCAGAAGUCAGUUAGAAAUCAGUUGCUCAGAGCCCGAGCUUAUCGACUGGCCAGGGAACGCAGUGAGGUCACAACAGAUGAGGAAGUACGAGGAGAAGGAGCAGGAGAAGGAGAGGAGGAAGGGGAGGAUGGUCGAUGGGCUGGGCGAUACUGGAAUCGAACAGAAAGAAGACGUCACUUGGCGUUGUCACGGCAACACCGUGAGAGAAGGGGAGGAGGGGAGGAGCAGGUGGGUGGAGGUCUUGGGGCACUGUCAUCUCAGACAGUACUGGAGCUGAGCCACAUGAAGCAGAACCGACUGAGGAACAGCAAGCUGCUUGAUGAUUGGACGACGGUGGAGGAGCUGCUGACGCAUGGGACACGAGUCGAGAGCGACAAUCAGCUCUGUCCCAGUCCUCUGCUGUCAGUUACUACAGUUUGACGGGAACAGCCACUGAC